AUCCUUCCUGAGCGCCUUUGGAGAGAACCCAGCCCUGAUGACACCUUGAUUUUGAACUUCUGGCCUCCAGGACUGGCCUGGCCGAAUGGUGAACAAUGGUCUCCACCUGCCCGCCCCCUCCAACAUGUCUGGGGCGUUUACCACCUGAAUGAACUAGUCCUUAGAGGAGCCAAGGACACUUGUCAGCUGCCCAAAGGAGGAAGCAGAGGUCCCAUCUGCAGUCGGGGUGUCCUUUCCCUCCUCCCCAGUGAGAAGAGGGGACUGAAGCCCAUCCAGCCCCAGCAUUCCCAGACAGAGACUGUGCUGCUGUCCCACGGUUGGUGGGGAGCCCAGGCCAUGGUUGCCGUCUCCCGCCCCCGCCAUGGACGAGAUCACCUUCAAAAGCGACACCGUGCUGUCAGACGUCCACCUCCACACCCCGAACCAGAGACACCUCAUGGUGCGGCUGAGUGGCGUGGGGCAGCCCGCCAUGACCCCCAGAGGACUCUCAGGAACAAACAAGAAAGCAUCUCUAUGAGAGGAACCAUGGGCAUCCAUCAAGUCACCACUUUCCUGAGUGUCGAGACCACGAUUGCCCGCCUGCAUGGUGGAUUUCAAGGCACUCGGAGAAACAGGUGCUGCUGUCCCACGGUUGGUGGGGAGCCCAGGCCAUGGUUGCCGUCUCCCGCCCCCGCCAUGGACGAGAUCACCUUCAAAAGCGACACCGUGCUGUCAGACGUCCACCUCCACACCCCGAACCAGAGACACCUCAUGGUGCGGCUGAGUGGCGUGGGGCAGCCCGUUCUUACUCAAUACAGCCAUGACCCCCAGAGGACUCUCAGGAACAAACAAGAAAGCAUCUCUAUGAGAGGAACCAUGGGCAUCCAUCAAGUCACCACUUUCCUGAGUGUCGAGACCACGAUUGCCCGCCUGCAUGGUGGAUUUCAAGGCACUCGGAGAAACAGCAGCUCAAGCUAAUACAGAAGGAUCCUUCCUGAGCGCCUUUGGAGAGAACCCAGCCCUGAUGACACCUUGAUUUUGAACUUCUGGCCUCCAGGAC